GGUAUAAACACCGCGCCGCCUUGCAAAUAGAACCCUGCCGUCGCCGCCGCCGCCGCCGCCGUUCUUCUUCUUCCUCGCUUCGUGUUAGAGUUAGGGUCGUCAGCUUUCUCAGAUCAGAGAUGGCGGUGCCGCUUCUGACGAGGAAGAUCGUGAAGAAGCGGGUCAAGCACUUCAAGAGGGCCCAUAGCGACCGCUACAUCGGCCUCAAGUUGACCACUUAUACCAAACUUUUACCCAGUGGAAUUCGUAGGUGCAACGCCCGCGUGUUUUGGUUGCUCAGUUCAGAUGAUACCAGCUGGCGCAGGCCAAAGGGUAUUGAUUCCUGUGUCAGGAGAAAGUUCAAGGGAUGUACUUUGAUGCCCAACAUUGGCUAUGGUUCUGACAAGAAGACCAGACAUUACCUGCCGAACAAGUUCAAGAAGUUUGUUGUCCACAAUGUCUCCGAGCUGGAGUUGCUUAUGAUGCAUAACAGGACAUACUGUGCUGAGAUCGCCCACAAUAUCUCUACCAAGAAGCGGAAGGACAUCGUGGAGCGUGCUGCGCAGCUGAAUAUUGUUGUCACAAACAAGCUUGCUAGGCUUUGCAGCCAGGAGGAUGAGUGAAAUGUUUUCUUCGCACUCGUGUUAUUGGCCGCUUUGCCUAUUGGCUAUUGGAAACUGUUCGCUCUAGGAGCUUGUCUAGUCAUCUGUUCGUUUUAUGAUAUGAACACGCUGUUAUUAUCAGUAACGAGUGGCAGGCUAAAUUUCUGUUAAUGGUAUCAACCUCAAAAUCAGAAACUUGGCUUUGUCUCUUGAAGACAGCAUGCUGGUCGUCUUGUUACUUUCCCAAGUCCCCUUUUGUUGUUAAAAUGUACUGUAACUGGUUAAUGAUCAAUGUUCGGUACAUGGUCCUGCUUUCCAAA